GUUUAGAAAUGGAAGCAUGUCGUGAUACUUGCUGAUAAUAAGAUGACUUUAUAAUCAUAGAUUAUAGUAGAUCACUGUUUAUUUUUAUUAUUAGGUCCAUAGGACAAAACUACAAAGGUCAAAACACUAAGUAAAUUCGUAGAGGCAAGGCAGAAAAUCAAGCAGUCACUGUCGAGGACAGACUGUUCUUAGGUUUUCAGUGAAUAAUAAAACAAUGAAAAACUUCUUGUAUUCAGUGAUGUUUGACAAAUGAUUUUGAAAUGAGCUAUCUCAGGAGAAGAAGUUGGAGUGCAGAGUUUGAGAAUAUGGAGGACACAGAACGUCUGCUCGAUGAGGAAGAUGAUUUGGAAAUUAGUGGGGCAUCAAAAAAUGAGCCAGUAGGGCCAAGUGACGACUGGGACAUAGAAGCUGAAAGACAUCCCCUGACAGAGAGACAGCAUGAAAUACCCGUACCGCAAAAUGAUAAAAAAGUGCUUUCGUAUAUCAUGGGUCUUGGUGUGGCAUUCAUGCUUGUGUUUACUGCAUUCAACACUAACGGCAUCAUGACGCAAGUGGUUAUCAGAAGCAUCCAGCAUGAAGAUCCAAAUUUCAAAGGCUCGGGUUACAUAUCCCUGGCUGUUAUUUACGCCGUGUUCGCCACCUUCAACUGGCUGUCCCCGUCCUGCCUCAGUUUCCUCGGGCCGAAGAUUACUAUGAUCAUUGGCGGGAUCUCUUACGCAAUCUUCAUAGCUGGAUUCCUUUGGCCUAAGACAUGGAUUUUAUAUUUAACCUCAGUGUUAGUGGGUGCUGGUGCUGCUUUAAUUUGGACUGGACAAGGAAAUUACCUCACUUUAAUGUCAGACCAGACAACAAUAUCACGUAACUCUGGCAUCUUCUGGGCCAUGCUUCAGAGCAGUCUGUUGUUUGGUAACAUCUUUGUAUACUAUCAGUUCAUGGGAAAAGAGAUUAUUGAUUCCUACACUAGAACGAUAGUAUUCUCUGUGUUAACCAUUGUUGCUGUGAUUGGUGUAUGUGUAAUGUGCAUAUUACCCAAACCUGGGUCUGAAGGUGGCGGCCGCACCGAUGACUUAGGAGGUCCAUAUGGAGCGCUGAAGAAGUCCUUUGCACUAUUUAAAACAAAAGAUAUGCUUCUCUUAUCUGUUACAUUUUUCUAUACAGGUAUUGAGUUGUCAUUCUUCAGUGGAGUGUACAGUGCCUGUCUAGGGUCAACUCUAAGGUUCCCAGAUCCCAAACGCUUGGUUGGUCUGUCAGGCAUGUUCAUAGGUGUUGGCGAGAUUUUGGGUGGAGGUGUAUUUGGAAUCUUUGGAAGUAAAACAGUAAAAUCCGGUCGUGACCCAAUUGUGAUCUUGGGAUAUGUGGUUCACAUGGUUUGCUUCUUCCUUAUUUUCAUGAAUCUCCCAACAAAUUCACCACUUCAGAAUACCAAUGAUACGUCCUUCUUGCCAGGUGGACAGCCCAGUGAGGUGAUUGCCCUGAUGUGCAGCUUCUUAUUAGGAUUUGGAGAUGCCUGUUUCAACACUCAGAUAUAUUCCAUCUUGGGAUCAGUGUACCCCGAUAGCUCUGGUCCUGCAUUUGCACUCUUCAAGUUCAUGCAAUCUCUUUCAGCUGCUGCUUGCUUUUUCUACUCUAGUAUCUUCCAGCUGUAUUGGCAUCUGGGUAUCUUGGUUGUUUUUGCCACCCUCGGAACUCUUUCUUUCUGCAAGGUUGAAUGGAGGGCACACCGCCGUCAGAGGGCAAAGCCAGACACUACUGCUUAUGACUGAAUGGCUUAUCCAUAAAUUAGGAGAAAAGCCUAAAAUUGUAUGAUAAACAGCUCAUGUGUAAGAUUAAUGCUACAGUUUAUGGGCAGAUAUUAUCAUACCAUGAACUACGCAUAUGCAUCACUAUGAUCCCGAAAGGACCAAAAAGUAACUAUUUUUACUGGCAGUUAGUCAUGUUAAUCUGUGGUUUUAUACAUAAAAUUAAUAUACAAAUCUGUUCAUAAGUCAGUGUUGAUAUUGAAAGAUGGUAGAGUAAUUGGUUGUGAUAUAUAUUUAUAUAUCUUUCUCAAAUUUGGUAAUGUGUUUACAUCUAUAUUUUCAUGACUUUGUAAGAAUGUACUGUAAGGAAAUAUAGUCUUUCUUGGGAAUAUAUCAGGAAAGCAUCAGUAUAGAAUUCAUCAGUUAUCUCUUCUGCUUUUUUUUUUUUUCUUCCUUUCUUUGUUAGCUGAAAUUUUCAAUUUGUUGUUAUGCAUUAUACAUAUUACAUUUUACUUCAGUCUUUUAUGUACAUUAUAUUUGCAUAUAGUGCCAUUGGGUUAUUAGUGUGUAUAAAAUGCAGUAAGGAUAAUACAUUUAGUAUUAACCAACUAUACUUUUUCAUUCACUUCAUUAUCAUUUAAAGAUUAUAUAGAAAAAUGUUGUUGCAGGAGAUAUUAGGUUGCUCUUCUUUGUUGAGCUAAAUCAUAUUUUAUGUGAUAUUCAUCUUCAUCUUAGAUCUGCAAUACCAGCAUUUUGUCUCCAUUGUGUCACUGAAACACAUGGAUAUGCAAUGCAAUAUAAGCAACUGAAGAUUUUUAGAAUUGUUUUGGCUGGAUUAUGUUAUGCAGAUGUAUUAUUUUUUAAAUAUAAUUUUAUUGAAGA